GUUGGUUGCAGUGCAGUAGUUAGUAAUAUCUCCUUUAGUAAUGUAAUUGAGUGUCUUCCAAUUGCGAGCGACAUAAGACGCGCAAAUCUCCAUCUUCUCUGUCUUUCACGGAAUUCCUGGAUCAUCUUUUUUGAAAUAUUUCGAAGGGGAGAAACAACAGCAGUCACUAGCCAACAGCAUGGGCACAUAUCAAUCACACGGGAAGUUUAUCAUCUCACCAGACGGCACCAAGAUAUGGGCAGAGGCAGCUGGGAAUCAUGAAAAGCCAGCAGUAGUCUUCAUCCAUGGCUUUUCGUUGUCUGGGACAGUAUGGGAGAAACAAUUCCAGGAUACAUUUCUACUUGAGAAUCUUUAUCUACUCCGAUAUGAUCUUCGUGGGCAUGGUCGUAGUGAGCAGCCCGUGGAACCAGACGCUUAUACAUCCGUACGAAUGGCAGAAGAUUUCGCUGCCGUUUGCAGUGCCUCUGGCGUGAAGCUACCAUAUAUUGCAGGAUGGAGUUUCGGAGGUGAAUUGACAGAUCUACUCCUAUGAAGAAAGUGAAGAAAGCCCAUAGGACUAAUAUAACCUAGGGGUCAUAGCAGCAGAUGUAUGUGACAGAUAUGGCCCGGAAGCCAUCGCAGGAAACAUACUUCUCGGUGGAGUGCCAUACAAAGCUGCGCAUCCUGGCCAGACAGCUAUCUCCAUUAGGCUCGUAUUUCGCGGUGUAAGAAAUUGCU